ACAGAAUCAGUUGUGCGGCAACUGACAGUGUAGAAGGAUGUUAUGUUGCUCGAUUUUGUCACGAUAAAACUACUAACUGACUGAUAAAUGUAAUAAACAAAACAAUAGAACAAAUAGCGAACAUACAUACAUACUUGCAUACAAAAGUAUACAUGUGAAAUAGAUAAAUAAUAAAUUGAACGAAAAAGUUAUUACACACAAUCAAAUGCCAUUAAUGACAGUGGAUCAGAGGUGAAGUGGAGCAGCAGAGGAGACGACGGCGUGUCAUCAAUGAAGGCAACUACAAAUUAAAGUGUGGAUGAUAUGUGAUGCGCGGCAUUAGAAAUCACUGUUAAUAACAACAAUUACAACAACAACAACAAUACAAGUAAAUCAAAUAAAUCGUCAAUACGAAUUAAGCGUCGGUCUACAGCAAAAAAAAGAAGGGGGCUAGCGCGGUGAAAUGCUUAUGGAGACGCUGCCAGUGGGGACAUUGAAGUGGAGCGCAGCUGAGCUUAUCAUUGUGGCAAUUGACAUUGCAUGUUGACAGUCAGUCGUUGAAUGGCGCCCGAUCAAGUGUGAAGCGUGCGUGUCGAUAUACGGACGGACAGCGCAGUGAAUCCAAGCAAAUAGCGAGCGAGUUAGCGUAACGCCGUAAUACCGUUAAGUAAAUUCAAAAGCCGAAAACGUGUUAGUGCAGUGAAUUUAGGAUCAUGUAAAAAAACAUGGAAAUAAAAAAAUUCAUUAAAACAACAGUACUGAUUAAAAUGCCACCGCUUUUAAAUUGUAAAAACACCUUUACGCUGAAUGCUAGUCGUUUUCUAGUUCCUAAUAUAAACCGCUUCUAAGAAAGUGCAAACAAUAAAAAUUAUUAAAUAAAAUAAAAAUUCUUUGAAACUCGCAAAAAGUCAUACCUCAAAGCUUGUGCCGCGGAAUUUCCAUAAGCGUUCGCAAACCAGCACACAGUAAAACCAAUAAGAAAGCACUUCAUUAAGUGUCCAAGCAAUCAAGCAAUCUAACUUUAAAUGCAUCACUGCUUUUCACUCGUUAGGCGCGUUAGUUACGCUUCUGCUACGGACUUUGUCGCGCGUCCAGUGUAAAGCUUAUUACAUGAAGUCGCUGCCACCUACAGGCAAAUCUAAGCAAAUACUAACAAUUGAAAUACAGUAAAUUUACAAAUACUUACAUCGUAGAGAUCCUGCCUGACUCCGUCAACUGCUUGCGAAAUGAACUGUUAAUGAUGCCGCGUCAACGCCGUUGCCAACAAUCAAUCAAGCGCGCAACCACAUUUCCAAUAGUUCUAUUAGCAGUUGCAGCGAAAUUAAGUUAUAUCGGUGCAUACGUCUAACUAACGGUCUAAUGCUAUAACACGAUCGCCAAAUGGUCAAGCGCCAAUGACUUUUCAGUGAUUACGCUCAGCUGCAGUUAUUACUAGUGCAUGUGUGUGUCCAAUUGGCAGUGGGAAAAUAUGUAAAAAAUAUAAAUAUUGUAUAUAUAAUAGAAAACAAUAGUGGAACUUAAUUAUAGUAAGCGCUGUAGUUUUUGAAUAAACUCUAAGAAUCAUCGCAAAGUUUUGAUAAGUGUGAUCAUUGGGGAAAACAUUAAAAUAUACAAAAAAUCGAGUAUAAAAAACUUUAAGUUCAAAAUCUUAAAACCCGUCGCUAUUAAAGUAAGAAUUUGUUAAAAAUGGAUUUCCAGAGUGCUAUGGAAACAUUUGCUGAGGCUUGGGUUGCCGCCAAUGCAGGUCCACAGAGUCAAGCCUUGGCGUUGACACGCGCUGCAAAUGCCGCCGCCGCCGCUGCAGCCGCCUCAGCCAAUGCGGCAGCUGCCGCCGCCGCGCAGGGCAUCAAACCCAGCGGCGCAGCCACUCUAGCCGAAUUGGCGCUGAAGAAAGAGCACUCCUUGUCACCACCACACAGCAUCGGCAGCGCCAGCAGCGCAACAGCUGGUGCUCUUCCAAGUGCAAAUAUCGAUGAAGGCGGUGGGGGUGGCGUGGCUGCGGCCAAUUAUCGGCGACGCCCCUCACUGCAAGGUGUACAAGACAAGCUGGCGCAAUUGCAAAUGCAACAUCAACAGCAGCAGCAGCAACAACAGCAACAUUUACAACAACAACAGCAGCAACAUCAACAACAAUUGCACGAACAGCAUCAGCAACAGUUGCGCGAACAGCUGGCCGCCCACGAUGAGGCGCGCAGUCCGCGUUUUGGCAAUCUGGCUGCCAGUUUGAGUGUAGGCGCCGGCAGUAGCGCUAUUGUGCGUUCGCGUUCGACAGAUGCCAACUCAUCGCCGAAUGCCACAGCGCAUAUGGCCACAGACAACGAACGUCACAUUUCCUCAACACCUUCUAGUCAGAACGCGUCAUUGGCUGCGACACCAAAGCUGCUGGAACGUGAUGAGCGUUGCGGCACCGGCUCUGGUGCUGGUGUUGUUGUUGGUGCAAAUCCUGCAUUGGUUGGCAGCAUUAGUUGCUUGCCACCGGCUGCGUUGAAUGCGGUUGCCAGCAGCAUGGCGAGCGGUGUAGCUGGUGCGCUGCAUUCCAGUGUUGGUGUGCCCACACAGGCGGAGCAACUAUUGUCGUCGACGCCGUCGGCUUUGGAAAGCCGUGCACGUGAAUUUGAUCCAGCGAAAGUCAAUUCGAAAUCGCUACCGUUACAUUGUGUCGUCGAAUCGGUGCAUUCGUUGCAGGCCUCGCUCGCCAUCGACUCACGCAGUCCAUGGAAGCGACGUACGAAUAUCGAAACAGAUAGCUAUGUGAUUAUGGCCGCAGCAACGCCAUGGUCGGAGUUGGUGCAGACCGCGCUGCAGCGACUAGGCUACUCACAGGAGGCGGUCAAUACGGCAAGAGGUUCUAUUAUGAUAAAGAACUGGAAGCCCAUACCAUUGGAAAUGAUCUCCGAUAAUCCAGUUGUGCCCGUCAGUGAUAUUAUCGGCGAAUUGACUUCGGUCAUAACACUUCGUAUAGUCAUAUUGCGUUCCAAACCGUCGACUUUCGGUGAAAUUAAAGAUAAAUUAUUGAAACUGCUCGUGCUGCAAUCGCAUACAGUAUUGCGUUCCACCGGUUGUCCACUUGAUGAGAUGACGCUCUCACAAAUAUGCCGCACGUCUUACCAGAAUCCAUAUUCCUUUCCCGCCGGCGAGAUCUCCGAUGAGCUACGCCGCAAGUUCGACCAAUGGUGGUCGCAACAACUCACGCCACAAUCUAGUAUUACGCCAAAAAUGUUACCGUUCCUAACAGCACCGUCGUCGGUGACCAACGAAAUGGACUUCCCUGUUGGAUCAGCGGCUGUGGCUGCAGCCGCUGCUGCUGCUGCUGCGGCACAAGCUGGCUUACAUGCAGCCAGCGGUGUGGGUAAUGUACCCGGUAGUAAUAUACCCGGACUUAGCGGCAGUCGUGAUUCGCUGCUGAUGAAUGAUGCCACACACCAUGGGUCACAAGGUGCUGGCGCAGCACAUCAUCCCAAUAUGUUGGUACAUCCGGCCAUGCAUCCUUCGAUGCAUCAUCAUCAUCACCAUCCACACUCACAGUAUCCAAAUCAGAAGACACGCAUGCGCACCAGUUUCGAUCCAGAAAUGGAAUUGCCAAAAUUGCAGAAAUGGUUUCAGGAGAACCCACAUCCUUCGCGUCAGCAAAUACAAACAUAUGUUGUGCAGUUGAAUGCGCUGGAGUCAAGGCGUGGUCGCAAGCCGUUGGAUGUUAAUAAUGUCGUAUAUUGGUUCAAGAAUGCACGUGCCGCACAGAAACGCGCAGAAAUGCGUGGCGGUUUAGCAGCGCUGGGACAUCCCAGCUUGAAUGGCUUCAUGCUGAAUCAGCACGGUCAGUUGGGUCAGAGUUCGAGCAGCAGUGGUGGUAGUCAACAAAUGAGUAGCAGCAAUAUCAAUUUAGCCAUGUCACAUGACUACCUGAAGAGUCCGUUGAGUCUGAAAUCGGAAGAUGUAGACACAAUGUCACAGCACUCGGAUGAUAUGGAUGAAGACAACAGUCGACCAGGUUCACCACAAUUACCGCUCUCACUAACUACGCAUGAACGUAAUCGCAAUUCGCCGAUGGAGGGCGCUGAGGGCAAUAUGGAGUCGGUCGAAAGUCGUCGUGACAUCUGCGGUGCUGACGGUGCGUUUAAGGAUGAAAGCGACUGUCAAACCAUGCUAAAUGGCUCACUCAAUCAGUCAUUACGCUCAUGUUCGCGCAGCUAUACCGAGGAGGAGGCUCAAGCGCAGUCCAAACCGAAUGACGCACAAACCGAUGACCAACAAGGUGACAAUUCUAAUGAAGCCACCGCCAAUGAGCAGCACAGUGAAACAGAACACAACAAUAGCAAUAACAAUAAUAAUGCAAAUAACCUAAAUAACCUAAAUAACAACAACAUUAACAAUAGCAAUAACAAUAAUAAUACUAAUAAUAACAAUGAGCAAUCCUGUGAUGCCGUUAACACACAACCGCAAGCACAUUCCUCACCUAAAAUGAGUUCACCCAAAGAGGAGGACGAUGAUCUCGAUUUGGAAGAUGAUGACGAUGACAACGAGAACGAUGCCUCACAACUAGAUGAAUAUCGUUCGCUUUCACCAGAUUUGGCUAAUGCCAUGGCACAGCGUAAAGAUCUGCCCUUUCCAAUGGUGCCGAACUCGAUGUUCUCCCAGUCCUUCAUGUACAUGAGUCAUUAUAUACCCGGAUUUGGACAAGCCGCCAAUCAUCCGCACGCACAUCAUGCCGCAGCUGCAGCAGCUGCUGCCGGUAUGCCACCGAAUGCGCUAAUGAAUCCCGGUGGUCUGAAUUUGUCGAGCAUGUCAAACGAGGAGCGUCGCAAGCGAAAUCGUACUUUCAUCGAUCCAGUUACUGAAGUGCCGAAGCUGGAGCAAUGGUUCGCCUUGAAUACACAUCCAUCACACAAUCUGAUACUGAAAUACACGGAGGAUUUGAAUACAAUGCCCUAUAGACAAAAGUUCCCACGCCUGGAAAGUAAAAAUGUACAGUUUUGGUUUAAGAAUCGUCGUGCCAAAUGCAAACGCCUAAAGAUGUCGCUCUACGACAGCUCUCAACUACAAGGCCUGAACUCAUUCGUGAGCAAAUAUGAGGAGCGCGACUAAAGGGUAGAUAUUUACAUAUAAGCGAAGGAAAUAUACAUGUCUUCGAGAGAGUAAAAAUUCAGAGCCCUAAACUACAUGAGGUUUAAUAAAGAAGCAACAGGUUUGUUAUAUGCAAAUGUCGAUUACCAGUGAUAAAGAGGCGGAAUGUUGAACCAGUAUAAAUAUAGCCAAUGAAGUAUUGAAUUUAAUUUUAUUAGAACUGAAGUUUGAAGUACGUAAAUACAACUAUGUAUGGAUAUUAGGGUGGUCAUUGAGGACUAAAUUUAAAUUUCUAAACCGUUUUUUGUCUGAAUUUAAAUUUAUUGCUGUCUUCAAAAAUGUUUCAUAAAAAAUGCUGGUCGGUCCUUGUGAAUUUUGACCGGUAUUUCGAGACCACUCUAAGGUAUCUACAUAUAAUUUACAUCAAUUGAAAUGUAAUUUUAUGCGUGUUAGUAAGCCAAAUUUUGAGUCGAGACACUUCGAAUGCUGCUAUAACAAAUAAAUACUAGAAGUGUAUUCCUUGUAAGUGGUUCAUGGUAGGAAAACCCUCCAAUAAGCAGAUGUCAUGUAAAUAAAGUACCAAUAAAAUUUGUUAUAAAAUUG